GAGUCUGAGCCUAUAAAAGCGACGAAGAGCACUGGAGCGCGCGUCAAAUUCUUGCUUGUUAUCAACGUGAAUAGAAGUUAGCCGGAAGGAAACAACACUUGAAUAUACUUUCCACAUAGAAGUCGCUGCACGAAACGUGAGAACAAACUCUCAGAAUGAAGCUCCAGCUGGUAUUACUCGCAACUCUGUUUGCCCUCGUGUACACCUCCCCUCUGCCGCAAGCCAUCGAAGAAGUGAAACCAGUGGAACCUGUCAGCGAUGCAGCUGCUGUCGUCACCCCAGAAGAACCUGCUUCGGAAGUGAAGAGUGCUGCACCAACGACGGUCGAACCGGAAGCUGAACAACCAACGGAAUCGCCGGCCACCACCGAAGCUGCUGCUGCGGCCGCCGAUGCUGUCCCAGAAGAGAAGACCGCCAGCGAUGACGCGGCCAAGAAGGAAACCGACGAAACUCCAGCCGUUCCGGUUGUUCAAGCCGGUAUUGUUGACGAUUCGCCAGCUAACGCUGAGGAAGCAUCCGCCGCUGUCGUUGCGUCUGUUGAUGAAGUCAAGGAAUCUACCGCCCAGGUCAGCGCCGAUGACGUGAAGGAAGACACCGUCCAGAUUGCCGACGCCGUCGAACCUGUGGCCGUUGCCUCGGACGAAGCUGCCCGUGCCGUCCGUACUGCGACCGACGAGGAAGCCGAGAAGAAGGAUGAGGUUGCCGUCACAACUGAGGUUCCGGCUGAAGUGCAGCCGGAGGUCAAGGCCGCCGACGAGACAGCUCCUGCUGCCAGCUCGGAUGACAAACCGGCCGACGUUGCCGUAGAAGCAAAAACGGAACUCCCAACAACCACUGUUGCCGCUGCCACGCUGAGCGCAGUAACUACGCAACCCGCCAAAGCCGACAGCUCGGAGGAAAGCAAGGAAAGUCAAGAGUCCGAUGAGAAACCUUAAACGCGACCUCUAGAUUUCAUCACAAAUUUUAAGCAAUGUGCCAAUCAACCACAUUUCUCACCGUUCAUCGUAUCCAUUUGAAAGUUCUUUUGCUCAACUAAUCCAAAAUUGUAAUUCAUCGUAAGCAUUCCAUCACCGCAGCAUUGCCUCGAAAUUGGACAGUAGCAUAGAGUAUGUUAGCACACUUCAUCUUCAACACUUGAGAGUACAUUGUAAGAGUAGUAUUGUAUUAGAUUCGAUAGUUUAAAGUCCGGUUACAUAUCCUCACAAUUUGAUGGAGAACUUUUUUCUCCGAAACUGGCAAGAUAAAAGUUCUCUCUCAAGAACCGUAGGCAUGAUUGAAAUUAGAAACAUAAAAAAAAAACAAUUUGUAACAGCGAGAACCGCAACCGCACAAAAACUUUUUAAAAAAAAGGUAAACAAAACAAACAUUACUAUUGAGGAAGGGGGCAAAAUUAGAUUAGUGAAUUAACAACGAACUUAAAAGCGUGCAAGCACAGAACAGAGAAAAAGAGAAGUUAAACGUAAACUUAAAACGAAUAAAAAACAUUUGAAGGCUUGUGAGUUCACACUGAUACAAAGGUCAUGUGGAGCGAUCGAUAAAACGGCACGUGGCGCAAAACGCGUCUAAACCAAACGAGCAUCUCGAGCAAAGAUUCGCAUGAAAAGUGUACAAGGAUGUGUAAUAAAGUUGAAAAGUCAUAAUUUAGUCGA